AAUCUCUUCUUCCUCUCCUUGAUGAACUCCUUUCUUGUCCUUAAUCUUUCCCUUCUUUCCAGCCUACUUCAUCGAUUGUGCUUUCUCCUCUCCCCACAACUUUCACAUUCUUGCUUCCUCCAUUUCCAUCGAAACAGAGUUUUUUGAUACCAAUUGUUAAACUUGUUGAAAACGAAAGCAAGAUGAAGGAAAAAUUAAAAACUGUAAUUUAAUAAGAGAACCCAGAAAUCCUAUCUAUAAAUUGUUCUCCACGCCUAGGCUAGAUGAAUCAAACUGCCUUUCCCUUUCCUGAAUUCAGAACUUUUAUCUUUCAUAGCUUUUCAGAUAUCAAUUUGCGAUCCAAUGGCUUCUGGGUCUGGCUUUAAACGUAUUGACACCAUUGCUGAUAGCAUGCCCAUGGCCAUGCGGCAAUCUCGAUAUCAUAUGAAGAGAUGUUUCGCAAUGUUUACCUCAAAGGGGAAGAGGUUAAUGAAGCUCCACCAUUUAAAGCAAGAAAUCAAUGCAUCAAUCGAAGACAAGCUAGAAAGAGCCCAGGUCUUGGAGGGCUUGCUUGGCUUCAUCAUCUGCUCUACUCAGGAGGCUGUUGUUGUUCCUCCUUAUGUCGCUUUUGCUGUGAGAACAAACCCAGGAUUUUGGGAAUUCGUUAAGGUGAACUCUGAAGAUCUUUCUGUAGAUGGAAUUACUCCUGCAGAGUACUUGAAGUUCAAAGAAAUGAUCUGUGAUGAGAAAUGGUCAACCGAUGAAUAUGCAUUUGAGGUCGACUUUAGUGCAUUUGAUCACUCCAUUCCUCAUGUGACCCUAUCAUCUUCAAUCGGGAACGGUCUCAACUAUAUCUCUAAGUUCACAACUUCAAAGUUGGCAGGGGGCUCUGAGAGUGCAAAGCCUUUGCUAGAAUUCUUACUUGCUCUUAAUCAUCAAGGAGAAAAUCUUAUGAUCAGUGAGACCCUCAACACUGUUUCCAAACUUGAGGCAGCAUUGAUAGUAGCUGAUGUAUAUCUCUCUGCACUUCCAAAAGACACCCCAUAUGAGAAGUUUGAACAGAGGUUUGCUGAGUGGGGUUUUGUUAAAGGAUGGGGUGAUACUGCAGAAACUGUCAAAGAAACAAUCAGAUCACUCUCGGAGGUACUCCAAGCACCAGACCCACUGAACAUGGAGAAAUUAUUCAGUAGGCUUCCGACGAUAUUCAAUAUCGUAAUCUUCUCUAUCCAUGGAUACUUUGGCCAAGCAGAUGUCCUUGGCUUACCUGAUACUGGUGGGCAGGUUGUUUACAUUUUGGAUCAAGUAAAGGCCUUAGAGGAUGAAUUGCUCCUCAGAAUUAAGAAGCAAGGGCUGAGUGUCAAGCCUCAAAUUCUUGUGGUUACACGACUCAUACCAGAUGCUAGAGGGACCAAGUGCAACCAAGAGUUGGAGCCAAUAUUAAACACUAAGCAUUCUCACAUCCUUCGAGUUCCAUUUAUGACAGAAAGCGGUGUCCUUCGCCAAUGGGUUUCCCGUUUUGAUAUCUACCCCUACCUUGAGAGGUUUACUCAGGAUGCUACUGCCAAGAUCCUUGAUCACUUGGAAGGGAGACCAGACCUCAUCAUUGGAAACUACACUGAUGGAAACCUGGCAGCAUCUCUCAUGGCAAGCAAACUUGGGAUAACUCAGGGAACCAUUGCACAUGCUCUAGAGAAGACAAAAUAUGAAGAUUCAGACAUCAAAUGGAAAGAACUAGAAGCGAAGUAUCAUUUCUCAAGCCAAUUCACAGCUGACAUUAUCGCAAUGAAUUCUGCUGAUUUUAUAAUCACAAGCACAUAUCAAGAAAUAGCAGGAAGCAAGGAUAGGCCGGGACAGUAUGAAAGCCAUGCUACAUUUACACUACCAGGGCUGUGCCGAGUAGUCUCAGGCAUCAAUGUCUUUGACCCAAAGUUCAACAUUGCUCCCCCUGGUGCUGAUCAGUCUGUCUACUUCCCAUACACACAGAAACAGAAGCGGAUGACCUCAUUUCAUCCUGCCAUUGAAGAACUCCUAUACAAUAAAGAGGAUAACGAUCAGCACUUUGGAUAUCUAGCAGACAGGCAGAAACCGAUUAUCUUCUCAAUGGCGAGACUCGAUAUAGUGAAAAACAUUACAGGAUUAACUGAAUGGUAUGGGAAGAAUAAGAGGCUCAGGAAUCUGGUCAAUCUUGUCAUUGUUGCUGGCUUCUUUGAUCCAUCCAAAUCAAAUGACAGAGAAGAAAUGGCUGAGAUUAAAAAGAUGCAUGACCUGAUUGAAAAGUAUCAACUUAAAGGUCAGAUCAGAUGGAUAUCAGCUCAGAAUGAUAGAGUCCGGAAUGGAGAGUUAUACCGCUGCAUCGCUGACUCAAAGGGAGCUUUUGUUCAGCCUGCUUUGUAUGAAGCAUUCGGCCUUACGGUUAUUGAGGCAAUGAACUGUGGGUUACCCACCUUUGCAACCAAUCAGGGAGGCCCGGCCGAAAUCAUUGUGGAUGGGGUCUCAGGAUUCCAUGUUGAUCCCAACAAUGGAGAUGAAUCAAGCAAUAAGAUUUCUGAUUUCUUUGAGAAGUGCAAGGAAGAUUCUGGAUACUGGAACAAGAUAUCCACUGCAGGUCUCCAACGUAUAUAUGAAUGCUAUACAUGGAAGAUCUAUGCAACCAAAGUGUUGAACAUGGGAUCCAUCUAUGGCUUCUGGAGGCAGUUGAACAAGGAACAAAAACAAGCUAAACAAAGAUAUAUUCAAAUGUUAUACAGUCUCCAAUUCAAAAGCUUGGCAAAGAAUAUAGCCAUCCCAAGAGAUGGAACCCAAACCCAAGAACCAGCUACAAAGCCAGAAGUUAAACCUCAACCGACACAGAACCAGCCAACACAGAACCAGCCAACACAGAGGCAGCCAACACAAAGGCGCACCCAGUCCCGAUUGCAAAGGAUGUUCGGUUAAUUCCUGAAUCACAGUGAUCUUAGGAUCAUUCCCUACUUCAACUCAAAAGAGCCUUAUUCGCAGGGAUGAAGAUUCAGAGGUGAAGCAGCUUGGCUCCCCAACCCCAAGUGACAAUCAAGUUCCCACCUGCCGUCAAUGGUGCUUCUUGUUUCUUUCUCUUUCCUUUCUCUUCUACAUCGUAAAAAAGAUGUCUGGUUGGUUUAUGUAAUAAAAGAGUGUGAGUUGAUUGGAUGAAGUUCAAAUAAAUUCCUGGAUUGUA